AUGUUGGGCUACGUGAAAUAUUCUUUAUGCGAACUGUUGAAAGAAGAAGAAGACGAACAGCCAGACAAUGCUUCUUCUUCACCUGAACAAAACAGUCCACAAGAAGAAAAAGCAUUUCGAAACGAGAACGAGGAGGAGGAGAACGAAACUUUGUGGACAACACAACCGACCACGCCGUGGCGCGAAAACGAAUCCGAUAGAAGAAGAAGACGUGUGCUCACAGCUGUCGCUGAUCUUCAGGGUUUUUGGAUAGGUGGACAAUUCAUUAUCAAAGUGCUAACCGUCAUCCGGGCCGCCAACGACGAUCCUGAGUUACGGUUCGUUCAGAAAUUCACCUUUCGUCCGCCGCGACCUUUCCAUAUUUUCAACAGCGACGACAAGAGACAAGUGUGA